CCACCCUACUUCCGGUAUCUGAGUUCAAGCGAUUCCUACUCAUCCUCCCGUCAGUGCGUUUCACCCACAGGAAAAACUUUAAUAUCCGGUGCUACAACUUCCGAGUGUAGAGAGUCCAGUCUUGCACCAAGAGACACUACAUCUGUGAGGAACCUUUGUCUUUAUUAUACAUAUUCUGUAUUCUCACUGAUUAACUGAGGAUGGAUACGGACAGGAGUCAGAAGACUGAGAUGAUAAUAAAUAUCACCCUGGAGAUCAUCUACCUGCUGACUGGAGAGGGUUACACGGUAGUGAGGAAGACAUCCGGUAAGUUCGAGACACCCAGCAGCUGUGCCCGUGUGUCAGGAAGACUGAGCAGAACCCAGAGCCCCAUCACGGUGCCUCCACCUCACUCACUGAUACAUGAGAGACACAAUAACCAGAAGAUCCUAGAACUCGCCAACAAGAUCAUUCAGCUGCUGACUGGAGAGGAGCGGGAGUAUAUAGAGGAACACAGGGGUCUGUACAAGGACGUGAUGAUGGAGAAUCACCGGCCCCUCACAUCACUGGAUGGGCAUAGUAACAGAGAUACCCCAGAGAGAUGUCCCCGUCCUCUGUAUUCCCAGGACUGUACAGAGGAGAGUCACAGGAUCCCACAGGAGGAUCAGGGUGAAGAUAGGAGUAAUGUGACUGAUAUGAAGGUAGAAGAUAUAGAGGGAGAAAAAGAGACGUAUGUGACUAAUAUGAAAGCAGAAGAUAUAGAGGGAGAAGAAGAGAUGUAUGUGACUGAUAUGAAGGCAGAAGAUAUAGAGGGAGAAGAAGAGACGUGUGUGACUGAUAUGAAGGUAGAAGAUAUAGAGGGAGAAAAAGAGACGUAUGUGACUGAUAUGAAAGCAGAAGAUAUAGAGGGAGAAGAAGAGAUGUAUGUGACUGAUAUGAAGGCAGAAGAUAUAGAUGGAGAAGAAGAGACGUAUGUGACUGAUAUGAAGGCAGUAGAUACGGAGGGAGAAGAAGAGACGUAUGUGAGGGGUGAUCUGCAGUGUAAGGAGGAGGAAAUCCCUACAGAUAUCAGCACAGAUGAAUGUAACAGAAGGAAUAUCUCGGAAGAAAAUCUAAUUUCAUCUUCAGGUUGUAAAAUAGAAGAUGAUGACAUCACACAAGAUUCUCCUGGAGAAACCCCUACUGCCCUACUCGUACCUCCUGUACCUCACAAUGUGCUUGUGUCAUGUGGUCCCUCUAAUCAGAGGGAAUGUUCUGAUAACACUGAUAUUGGGUCAUCUUCUACAGCUCUGACAGUAGAUAAAAUAUUUCCCUGUUCUAUAGAUGACAGCUGUUUUACACAGACCGCACAGCUUAUAACCAAUCAUCCAGCUAAGGGAGGUGAGAAACCAUUUCCAUGUUCUGAGUGUGGGAAAUGUUUUACCGAUAAAUCAAAUCUUGUUACACAUCAGAGAAGUCACACAGUUGACAAGCCAUUUCCAUGUUCUGAGUGUGGGAAAUGUUUUACACACAAGUCACAUCUUGUUGCACAUCAGAGAAGUCACACAGGUGAGAAGCCAUUUCCAUGUUCUGAGUGUGGGAAAUGUUUUACAUACAACUCACGUCUUGUUAAACAUCAGAGAAGUCACACAGGUGAGAAACCAUUUCCAUGUUCUGAGUGUGGGAAAUGUUUUACCUAUAAAUCAUAUCUUGUUACACAUCAGAGAAGUCACACAGGUGAUAAACCAUUUCCAUGUUCUGAGUGUGGGAAAAGUUUUACCGAUAAAUCAAAUCUUGUUACACAUCAGAGAAGUCACACAGUUGACAAGCCAUUUCCAUGUUCUGAGUGUGGGAAAUGUUUUACAUACAACUCACGUCUUGUUAAACAUCAGAGAAGUCACACAGGUGAGAAACCAUUUCCAUGUUCUGAGUGUGGGAAAUGUUUUACCGAUAAAUCAAAUCUUGUUACACAUCAGAGAAGUCACACAGGUGAGAGGCCAUUUCCAUGUUGUGAGUGUGGGAAAUGUUUUACACACAAGUCCCAUCUUGUUGCACAUCAGAGAAGUCACACAGGUGAGAAGCCAUUUCCAUGUUCUGAGUGUGGGAAAUGUUUUACAUACAACUCACGUCUUGUUAAACAUCAGAGAAGUCACACAGGUGAGAAACCAUUUCCAUGUUCUGAGUGUGGGAAAUGUUUUACCUAUAAAUCAUAUCUUGUUACACAUCAGAGAAGUCACACAGGUGAUAAACCAUUUCCAUGUUCUGAGUGUGGGAAAAGUUUUACUGAUAAAUCAAAUCUUGUUACACAUCAGAGAAGUCACACAGUUGACAAGCCAUUUCCAUGUUCUGAGUGUGGGAAAUGUUUUACACACAAGUCACAUCUUGUUGCACAUCAGAGAAGUCAAACAGGUGAGAAGCCAUUUCCAUGUUCUGAGUGUGGGAAAUGUUUUACAUACAACUCACGUCUUGUUAAACAUCAGAGAAGUCACACAGGUGAGAAACCAUUUCCAUGUUCUGAGUGUGGGAAAUGUUUUACCUAUAAAUCAUAUCUUGUUACACAUCAGAGAAGUCACACAGGUGAUAAACCAUUUCCAUGUUCUGAGUGUGGGAAAAGUUUUACCGAUAAAUCAAAUCUUGUUACACAUCAGAGAAGUCACACAGAUGACAAGCCAUUUCCAUGUUCUGAGUGUGGGAAAAGUUUUACACAGAAGUCACAUCUUGUUGCACAUCAGAGAAGUCACACAGGUGAGAAACCAUUUCCAUGUUCUGAGUGUGGGAAAUGUUUUACACACAACUCACGUCUUGUUACACAUCAGAGAAGUCACACAGGUGAGAAACCAUUUCCAUGUUCUGAGUGUGGGAAAAGUUUUACCGAUAAAUCAAAUCUUGUUACACAUCAGAGAAGUCACACAGGUGACAAGCCAUUUCCAUGUUCUGAGUGUGGGAAAAGUUUUACACACAAGUCACAUCUUGUUGCACAUCAGAGAAGUCACAUAGGUGAGAAGCCAUUUCCAUGUUCUGAGUGUGGGAAAAGUUUUACACACAAGUCAUAUCUUGUUGCACAUCAGAGAAGUCACACAGGUGAGAAGCCAUUUCCAUGUUCUGAGUGUGGGAAAAGUUUUACACACAAGUCAUAUCUUGUUGCACAUCAGAGAAGUCACACAGGUGAGAAGCCAUUUCCAUGUUCUGAGUGUGGGAAAUGUUUUACACACAACUCACGUCUUGUUAAACAUCAGAGAAGUCACACAGGUGAGAAACCAUUUCCAUGUUCUGAGUGUGGGAAAUGUUUUGCUGAUAAAUCAAAUCUUGUUACACAUCAGAGAAGUCACACAGGUGACAAGCCAUUUCCAUGUUCUGAGUGUGGGAAAUGUUUUACAUGGAAAUCACUUCUAUGUCUACAUGAGAGAAUACAUACAGGUGAGAAGCCAUUUCCAUGUUCACAGUGUGGGAAAUGUUUUACCAAAAAAUCAAAUCUUGUUACACAUCAGAGAAGUCACACAGGUGACAAGCCAUUUCCAUGUUCUGAGUGUGGGAAAUGUUUUACACACAAGUCAUGUCUUGUUAAACAUCAGAGAAGUCACACAGGUGACAAUCCAUUUCCAUGUUCUGAGUGUGGGAAAUGUUUUACACGGAAAUCACUUCUAUGCCUACAUGAGAGAAUACAUAUAGGUGAGAAGCCAUUUCCAUGUUCACAGUGUGGGAAAUGUUUUACCAAUAAAUCAAAUCUUGUUACACAUCAGAGAAGUCACACAGGUGACAAGCCAUUUCCAUGUUCUGAGUGUGGGAAACGUUUUACACACAAGUCACGUCUUGUUAAACAUCAGAGAAGUCACACAGGUGAGAGGCCAUUUCCAUGUUCUGAGUGUGGGAAUUGUUUUAGCGAUAAAUCAUCUGUUGUUAGACAUCAGAAACUUCACACACAUGAGAAUGUGUAGCAUGACAGUAAUCGAAUCUUGAUAAAACUAUACUUUAUUAACACUAGUUAAAAUUUGUAUAUAUGCAGAUGGAAAGUUAUUUAUCUUACAAAUAAAUCUAAUUUCUCACAUGUUUUUGUUAAA